GUAUUCAACGAUGCUUACAAACGUGGUUUUAUCGCUUCUACCCUUGGUAGUUCUGGCUAAUGAAAAAGAGUGCAUCAAUUUAAGAGACUAUGUUAACGAAGAUGAAAAAUGCUGUUCUAUGCCGCUCGGAUUACCUGAGGAGUCGUUUGGGGCCUGCGUAAAAUCCGCAGAGCAGCAAGUUCCAGACAAAAAUAUGGACAGCCUUCUCGACUGCGCCUACGAGUGUUAUUUUAAAGGGCUCGGCAUCGUCACUGGUACAACUGUUCAAAUGGACAAAAUCAAAAAGUAUAUGGAAAAGCUGGAAGGGAAUGCCAGAAUAUUAAAUAUACUCGCUUGGGAAGCUUGUGACCAAUCUAAGUCCACACUUCUCAAAGCUGUAAAAUGGCAAACACAUAAGUGUAAUACGUUUCCACGCAAAAUGCAGGACUGUGUCGAGCUCGUGAUCGAUCGUAACUGCCCCCCGAAUCAUUUCGAUGACAAACGUGAAAUUUGUCGAAAACUGCGUUCUGGUUUACCGCCUUGUUACGCAACUGAUCAGAAUAGAAGUUGA